AUGACCGAUGAGUCACAGUCAUAUGAGCAGGGAGUCCACGAUAUCAACGUUGCCUUUGAGUCUCCAAAGCACCCGGGACUUUUGAUACACGAUUCGAGAGGUUGGCAAGCAGGUAGCGAUACAGAGUUGGACUUGAUUGCGAAGUUUCUUAGACACAGAGCAUACCAAGAGGAUCCGGCAGAAGCUCUCCACGUCAUUUGGUUCUGUGUUGAUUCGGACGUCGCUCGUAUUGAAGAAGCCGACAAGCGAACAUUCGCCACUAUCGCUCAAUACUCGCAUCAAGUUCCCGUUUUCGUCGUCGGAACAAAGAAAGAUAAACUCACAGCUCAGCGCUAUAGAGACCAUCUAGAUGAACUCAUGGAGAAGAUGGAUGAUUACAAGCAAGCCAAGAAGAUUGCAGAGGCAAAGGCCAACGAGAAAGCCGAGGAACAAUUCGCCGAGUUGAGAAACCAACUCUCGCAGAUCGAUCACUACAAGGCCGAUGGAUUUUGCUGUCUAUCAAAGAAUGACGAUGCUGGAGUUAGAGAACUCCUCUCCCAAACCCUCGACCUCAUCGUCGACGAACGCGUACGUCUCUUCUGUGUUGCCGCUCAAGUCGUUGAUGUUGAACAGAAGAUCAACUCAGCGAUAACAGAGUGCAUGAGACUAGGUACACAUGCUAUCCGCACCGCUGCCGUUCCCCUUCCAUGUUCAGGCAUGAUUGGAACACCGACUGUAUCGCGACUGAUCUGCGAGCAUGUGCUCCAGUGCUUUGGCUUCCCCAAGGCUGCCCCCGCCGAGAUUGAGCAAAUCAUGUCCGAUAUUGUUAUGACCAACUUCAAGGAGUACAUGAAGGUCUCUCUGUCGCAGUUUGCUGCUGUGAGUGCUGUUGCAGUGGGUGUCGCGGUGCCAACAAUGGGUAUUGGUGUCAUUGUCGGCGCGGCAGGAUCUCUCUUUUCUCUUCCGCCAACUGCUAGAAUGCUGCUCAAGUGUUCUUGCGACAUGAUUCUCAUUCUCGAGCGGUCUUUCCGAUACGGCGGAAAGUACGUUUCUACCAAACAAAUCGAAGACGCAGCAAAAUACUACGCUAAAGAGACCAUCACGACAUUCAAUGGCAAAGAGAAACGUCUGCAGCAGCAAGUUCACGAUGAGAUUGACCAUCUCAUCCCACUCAAGAAGCUCAACGUCGGAUUCAAGUUCAACAAACUAAGAUCUUCUGUCGACGAGGUCGUGUAUCGCAACAGAUUUGGUAACCCCCCUGACUAUUCGUCGAUAAGAAGUCCUUCUAUUGCUAGCUCGAAUGUUGGUCUAAACAGGCCUGUCGAACUGGACGCUGGGCCUGUUAUUCCGGAGUUGCCUGGUGAAGAGGUCAACUUAUCAAGUCUGUCAAAGACAGAUCAGAAGCCACCAAUGGAGCUUGACUCAACCGAGAUUCAAUCAGAUGGCAACCCUCGGCCAGUAAGUACAAAUUUGUCUGGUCCUGCAGCGACGGGUCCAUCACUCGCCAACAGGCUUGUUGAGCUUCAUGUGCAACCGCCCGAGCUAGAAGGCAACGCACCAAGUGAUAGCAAUUCCACCAGAGGUCUACUGGAAGUUCCACAAAUGGCAGAGAGGAGUAAAUCUGACUCAUCUGGCUCUCGAUGGACGAGUAAACUGUCGUGGAAGUUGACUAGGAAAUCGAAGACGUUGAAGCAAUGA